AUGGCCGGCGACGGAGAGACGGGGUCGGCGGCGGACGACGGCGAACGCCAUGGAGGAGCGAGCGUGGAGCUUGGGGAAGACGACGCGGUGCAGGAGGAAGAGGAAGGAGGCCCGAAGGGGUGGCGCCAGCGAGGUGACUCCGUGAGGGAGGACAGAGGCGCGGCCGGGCGGCAACCGACGGCGUCAGGGCGGCUGCCGAGGGGUCGCGUCGGUCAACGCCGCCCUCCCUCCCUCCGGUCAUAUCGCGGCAUCAACGGCCUCCGCGUGCUCUGGACCGGCAUGCAUGUGGCGUGUGCAUCGAAAGGAAAGCGCGAGAGGGAUGGUGGCGGCCCCACCUGUCAUCAAUCAAAAAGUAAAAGAAGAAACUACCUCCCCCUUUCCUUCUCCCCCGUCUCCGGACUAUUUUCUUUCCCCAAAGCGCCUCGCCUCCUCUCCGAUCCCGCCACGAAGCAAGGGCUCGCCAUGGAGACCAGCGCCAGCGGGGCGGAGCCCGCGAACGCCGGGAUCGAGGGGUCCGCCGACCCAUGCAGCUCCGCGGGCGGCGGUCAUCGACUCUCAGUGCACCAGAUCGUUGGCGGCGGCAAAGCUGCUGAUAUCAUCUUAUGGAAGUGUAAACGUGCUACUGUUGGUGUUAUAUUUGGUGCUACUAUUGCAUGGUGGUUGUUCGAGAAGUCCGAACUAUCGUUCUUGACUAUCUGCUGUGAUGUACUGCUCAUUUUGAUAGUUGUACAGCUCAUAUGGGUCAAAAUAUCUGGGUUGCUAAAUAAGCAACCUAGGCAACUGCCUGAGUUAGUUCUGUCAGAGGAGAUGGUUAAUAAUGCUGCGGCUUCAUUCCGUGUUAAAGUGAACAACAUGCUAAUGAUUGCACAUGACAUUACUCUUGGCAAAGACUUCCGGCUCUUUUUCCAGGUUGUGUCAGUCCUGUGGUUGCUAUCUGUUAUUGGCAAUUUCUACUCUUCUGUAACUCUUGCUUAUAUAGGAACCAUUGCUUUGGUGACAGUACCUGUACUUUACCAUAGACACCAAGAGCACGUGGACAGGUAUGCUGGGAUGGUCCACCGGAAUAUCUCAAGGCAUUACAAGAUCGUCGACGAAAAUGUGAUAAGCAGACUACCUAGAAGCUUCAUCAGAGAUAAAAAUGAUUGAUCUGCCUCGAAGUUUGAUGCUUGUCAUUUUUACGCUCGUUAAAUAGUUUGUGUUUGUUUGGUUGUUGUAUUUCUGCAUCGUAGGUUGCAUCAAGUAGGAAUCUAGAUCAGUGGAAACCGAAGCUUGAUUUAGGUACCAUUUCAGUGUACUGUUGAUCAAUAAGAUCAAUGCCAAAAGGGCAUGCAGAAGAUCGCAGCACCUCAACCAAUAUCGUUUAACACCUCUGUAUAGAGUGAUCUACGUGUUACCCCUUAUGUUUUUUUUCCUUCUCUUUUGAGAUGGACCAUUGAGUUGGUUUUCGCAGCAAAAUGAGCUGCAACUGCAA